CGGGGGUGGGGUGGGGGUGGAGCAGAAAGCUUAUAAAACGCCGUUGGAGGGAGUCGCCACUCGCGCGCGAAAUCAGUCUGCGCCCGUGUAGUGUCGUUAUAGCAGAUCCUCCGCUCAGCGUUAGUGAAGGGAACGUCCAGACCAGACUUCUCUUCUUGUCAGAUCACGCCACUGUCCCUGCUGCACACCUUAUCAUGGAUUGCCGGCAGCGGAGUCCUCACGGUGCCACGACGAGCCCCGGGAAUAGUUUUUGGGGAAGCGACGGCAGCACACUUUCUCCAUCCCGGUGGUCUCUUGGACGGAAACGAAGAUUGGAUGGAAGGCAUAGAAAACCCGAAGAUGCUGAUGCAUCUCUAUUUGUUGAAGAUGAGACCAAACCUAGACAUGCAGAAGAAAACGAAUGUCGAAAUUUAGACAAUAGGCUUGAGAGUUUUACAACUCCAGAAGGUCCAAAACCUCAUUCAAGAUGUAAAGAUUGGGGAAGUGUAGUUGAAGAGGAUGAAAUGCGAACCAAAGUGAAUAAAGAAAUUGCAAGAUACAAAAGAAAACUUCUUAUAAAUGAAUUUGGAAGAGAAAGAAAGUCAUCUUCUGGGAGUUCUGAUUCAAAAGAAUCAACAUCUACAGCACCAGCAGAACUAGAAACAGAUGAGAAUGUUCUGAUGAGAAGACAAAAACAGAUAAAUUAUGGAAAGAAUACCAUUGCCUAUGAUCGAUACAUUAAAGAAGUUCCAAGGCAUCUUAGACAACCUGGAAUUCAUCCCAAGACUCCAAACAAAUUUAAGAAGUAUAGCAGGCGAUCCUGGGACCAACAAAUCAAACUGUGGAAGGUUGCUUUACAUUUUUGGGAUCCUCCAGCUGAGGAAGGCUGUAACUUACAAGAAAUCACCCCAGUAGAUAUUGGUGAAAUGGAGACUGAAUCUGCUGAAAGUAGUUCUGAGUCACAAACAAGCUCUCAGGAUAACUACGAUAUGUAUUCUGGCACGCCCACAAAAGUUAGACAUGUUGAUUAUCAAGCAGGAGAUGAAUUUGACUUGGAGGCUUGUUUGACUGAACCACUGAAAGAAUUCCCGUCUGUGAGCUAAGGGUGCCACCUGGAGGCUAUUUUGGGAAAACUAAUUCUGUUCUAAAAUAGAUGACAUUGUUUAGGUGAAAAUAAGUCUGGUGAAAUGUUGGCCAAACUGUUGAUAACUGGAUGUUUCCCUCCUGUUCAUAGUUUAUUAUUUCAUGAUAUUGCUAUUCUUGCCUCAUUUUUAUUUUUAUUUUUAUGUAUUUUUUUUGUAUAUUGGAUGGGUUUGCAAGUGUUAAAUUAUAAAUUGUAAUACCCCAAGAAAAGUGACAGUGAAAACAAAUUUAAUUGUUCUAUAGAUUUCUCUGCAAGUUAACUUGGCUAACAUAAGUGUCUUUUUCCAAGUAUAAAAUGCUGCAUUGGUCUCUUAGUUUUAUCAUAGAACUACAAUAAGGGGUCGGUGCUUUCUGUGUUUUGCCAGUGUACUUUCCUUACAAGCUGAAUUCUUGGCAUCUCUUCAAGAUGCCAAGUGUAUUAUUAAGCUUUUUGUUUCAUCCACAGUACUGGAAAGUUACCAUAGAUAGGGUGAAUUAUUUGAAUUACUGAGCUUGACGAUUGCUGCAUCCUUAGUUUGGUACUUGUAAAUAGUGAUAGACAGCUCUUCUUGUGAUAUUUGAAGAAGAGUUUAAAGGAAUGCAAAGCAUAUAGGGAAAAACUUUUUUUAAAUGCGACCAAUUAAUAAGCCAUGUAAAAUUGUAAAUGAUAAUGUUGUACAGAUUUUCUUUUCAAAUAUUCAAUUGUAAACUUAAUACAGUUAAAGUUUUAAUUACUUUUGUAUGGAAUGUUCUUGCAAAAAAUAAAAGGAAAAGAAUAUGGUGUAUCAGAUUUAUUAGGUUGUUAGGUAGAUGUGAACUUUGUUAUUCUGCUUUCUGAUGAGCUUCUCCCUGUGCAUUCAUUUUCAGAAUUCAUAAAGCAAUCUUUCAUAAGAAUAGAAAUAACUAUCCUGUAUGUUUUUAUAUCUUGGCUUUUUUCCCCCCUCCAUUAAAGAGAGAGAUGCUAUAGGAUGGGAGGGACAGAUGUAAAUUUAUUAUUAUAGGCUGGUAGCUUGAAAUUUGUAGGUGCUCAGUAUACAUUUUUGAGUGAAUAAAAAUUGUUCAAAACUUGAAUCUUUGUAAUACCAAGUGACAAAUGAUGUGGGGUGUUUUUUUGUUGUUUUUAAUUAUUACUCCUAAUGAGUCCUAAAUAGACUGCAUUGCUGCAAUUGCUCUGAUACUAAAAAGACCUUUUGGGGUUUUUUUUUUUUUUUUUUUUUUUGGUAGUAAAUGUUUCCUGUUUUGUACAAUUAAAAUUAUUUUAGAAAUGUGACUUGACUCCUGUAUAGUCAGAUUACUCCUGAAGUGUUGCAUUAAUUUCUAAAUGCCAUGUGUUUAGAAGGGUGUUGAUGAGGCAGGUCAGGGUAAUAAGGAUAAUCUUUGAGAACAAAUUGGAAAAGUUAGCCAGAGUGAGGUUAGGCAGUUGAAAGUAAGGCUCUAUUACGCUAAUUAAAUCUUUUAUUUCAAUCUUUGAGGGACACUAGUAAAAUGACAAUCAGGAUAGAGUCCAACAAAAAGGUUAAGAACAAUUAGUGAUAAUUCUCAUAAUAGUUUGAUUUCUUUCUUUUAAAGAUGUUGGUGUCACUAGGCCUUCCUUUAGAUAAUUGUCAAUCAGACUUAAAAUCCAAUAACAGAUUAAGCACUGGUAGGGACUGGGAAUAUAGAGGUGAAAUAUGAAGUAGUUCCUUCCCUCAAGGAGCUUAUAUGAAUGCCACAGUUUUAGCAGAAUAUGAAUAUUCAAAAAUACUGCCAUCCCUUUGUAACUAAGUUUAUGAUUGGAAUUUGCCCUUAAAUUUACAAGAAGAUUCUGGAUUUUUUUUUCUUUCGGUACAAAUAAGACUUGCAUAUCAUUUUGACACCUUAUCUAGAUUUUCACAACCUUACAACAAAAAUGACUGAUUACUCUCCUUUGUUUUUUAUAGAAGAUUGUAUAUAUAGAAGAUUUUUCUCAUAUUUUCCCAGGUAUAAAAAAACUUCAUGAGCUUAAGUCACCUUACCAUAGAGCCAAAGUUCAGAAGCAGGAGAAGAGGUAUGCAGUUUGAAAGCUAGACUACAGAGGGAAAGAAUAAAGUAAUGCUGAAUGCCAUCAUAAAAUAAGGUGAUAAUAGUAAUGUACCAGAUUGUAAUGACUGGAAAUACUAGAAAUAUUUGCUUAGGAUGCAUGACACCUGAGAUCUGUUUGUACUUUUCUGGCCAAUAUGACUUGAGAAUUAAAGCUCUAAGACUAGAAAGCCAUCCAAAUGGCACCAGGUGGCUAUCACUUGCUCAAGGUCACCCAGGCACUAAGUAUCAGAAAGGGGAUUUGAACCAUUUUCUCCAUUGCCAAUGUUCUUUCCACUGUACCAAGCUGCUUCAAUGCUUUUCUGGGCCCUGGUUUCUUCAUCUGUAAAAUGCAAGAAUUGGACCUGAUUUUGUGGAAGGAAAGGCAUGAUCAAGAACAAAGGCACAUGUUCAGUAAAUGGAGAGAAGGAUAUAUGGAAAUAAGUAGUGAGAGAUAAACCUAGAACAAUGUUAUUGGCAGAUAAUUUGGGUAAAACAUUAUGAAAGACAUUUAUUAGAAGACAAGCAGUGAUUUCACAGAUAUAGAAAGGACAAGACUGAAGGCAAGGAACAGCAAAAAGUCAAAGAUGAUUGAAUUUUUUUUGUUUUUUUAAUGAAUCCUUCAAUCUAUAUUUACACAAAAUUAAUAUGGAGGAAGUUUUGGAAGUAUUGGAAGAAUCUUUAGGGAGAGAGAUGGUUUCAAAUCUUGAGCUGAUAGGAAUUUUUAAAAAUCCAUUAUAUGUUUAAAGUUCAUCAUUGGUUCACCCCUUAACUUUCACAUUACAACAGUUCCUCCUUGAGUCAGGCCCAUAACCCGAGUUCUCAUGAACUCUAAAAGCCUCUGACUUUGUUUCCCUACCUACCUCUUGUCUCUCCUGUCCAAUCCAUCCUCACAAAUUACCUAAAUAACCUUCCCUAAAGCUAUAUCUGCUCAAAUUCCUCAGGGGCUCCAUUGCUAUUCUUUGUUUUUAAGCUAGCUUUUCCACAGUCUGCUCCAGGCUACCUCUCCAGCCUUAUCUUCAAUAAUCUCCUUGAGGUGUGCUAUAUUUUUACUCAAUUGGACUGUUUAUCAUUCCCCAAGUGCCCCAUCUUUGUAACUCUCAUAUUGUUACCUUUGCCUGAGAUGUCCUGUCAUUUUGCUUUAUGAAACAUCUCUAAAAAACAAUGAAACAUAAAACAAAUGAGUAGAAGCUCAGAAAGAACACAGUUUUGUACCUUUGGUGUUUAAGCAAUUAUAUACAAAAUUCAGUUUCAUGCGCAAUUUUAUUUUCUAUUUGUAUAUGAAAUGUUUGUUUUUAUCGAUCAUUGUCAGAUUCAUAAUAAAGUUGUUGAAACAUUUCUUCCA